GUAAGCCGAACACCGAUGUUGGGCAUUCUUCGGGGACCCAGCGACACCGUGAUUUCGGAGCUGCAUGGAGCACGAGAUCCAUGGCUCCAGUGAGCGAAGCGAGGGUGGACGCGAGGCAAAGCAAGUGAAGGUGGCGACCCGCGUGGCACGCAUGGAGAUCUCCAUGCCAAAGGUGCUGCGCGCCACCCGGGCGCACCAGGCGCUGGAAGGCUGCGCAGAGGCCCUGCGAAGCGACGACUGCGGCAGCCUCUACCUGAAGAGCUUCAAGACCGACUAAGCGGUGAAUUUGGGAGUUCGUUGUGUUGCUUCUUUUUGGGAGGGGUUUGUCUUGGGUUUUGAAGUCAUAGAAUCGAACGUGUGAUGGUUUGUAGCUGUUUCAUGUUCUCCGAACAAAGCUACGACCGGCAGAAACACCGGUGCAGUGGUGAAUCCGUGGCUUGGUGAAUCAGGAAGUCGCGUGAAUCAGUCGCCGCUCGUGGCCAAUCACCGACUUCACAGGUUUCACUUGUUUGGAGGUCGCAGGCUCGGUUUCACCUGGUGGGUUCAGCAGUGUGAUGUACUAAGUGUUUGCUAUUUGUUGUGUCACGGGAUGGCGCAGAACAGCUCAACAAACUCCUUAGUGCAACCAGUUUCCUUUGCCUAUCAAGGCAUCAUUGUCCGUCAUCCCAUUCCGUGUUGCCUAUCGAAUGCCAGAGCACUUGCAGCACGGCUUGUUGGAUUUGUAUCAGAUAACAUAAGCGGCUGAAAGAUGAUCCGGAUGGAUCCUGAUGGCCAUUUUUGCGGGGCUCAAAACGAUGUUUGAGAUCCAUGUCCUGGUCGUCCGAGAGAGGUCACAGUUCGUCGCUUUGAUGGUUCAACCCAUGUUCAACCAAUCCGUUUGGAUGCACUUUGGUAGUUUUUUAGGAUACUGACAGGAAUCCAAAGUUCGAGCUUCGCUUCGUGUCAAGCAAAACUCAGGUUUCAGGAGCGAGAAAAUCUCGUGUUUUUGGUCACAUUCAUGGCAUGGUGGACCUUGGAUGAAGAUCAUGACGCUCUUGGUCCACUACAAUGGGCGGGCAGCAGUCCUGUUCCGAAAGCUGAGAGAACAACCUUUCAAAUUUCUUGAGGUCCCAGUUUUCUCCUCUACUAGGAGCAAUGUUCGCUACUAGGGGCUCCUGGCCGUACUACUAGGAGCAAUGUUCGCUACUAGGGGGCUCCUGGCACUACUACUAGGAGCAAGAAGCUAAUAGGAACGGCCGGGCAUCGCUACUUGAAUUUUGGUCGUUUCAAAAUGCUAUGUCCAUGGAGUCCACGUCCAAGUGAAAACGUCUCCCAACCUAUGGCCUCCAACCCUAGUAGGAGGGGCCAUGAGCUUUAUAAGUUAGGCUUCCCUAAACAUCUAGGAACCAAAUGAAUAGUGCAAGCGCUUCUUCAAGGAGGCUCCCCCGCCCUCAGGCGGGGGGAGCUUCCUUGAAGAAGCGUGAGCUAUCCUGCGUUCUACCUAGUAGCCAAUAAGUUUCUACCUUGCUUAAGUAGGCGCCUACGGCGGAGCGGGCCAGGUUCAGUCUUUGCUUCUCACUCAUCAGCAUGGUUCUGUUCAGCUUGGGCAUUUUGCCUGGUAUUGUCCGCGCCCCUCGCAGCCCUGACUGGAAGUGGUCAAGCUGGUCUUUGAUCAGCGGCUUUGUGGUCGCAGUGGUGGUCUUGCUCCUUUGGCGUCCACGAGAGCCGGUCUUUUUGGAUCGGAUUUGCAUCAACAAGAACAACAUGGAGGAGAAGAAAGCCAGCAUUUUCAGCUUAGGUGGGAUCUUGAAGCGAUCGGAGAAAAUGAUGGUGCUUUGGGAUCCCACUUGGAGCACUCGACUCUGGUGCCUCUUCGAGCUCUCCGCCUUCUUAAAGAGCCGAGGAUCCAGUGAAGCAAAGCUACUCAUCAGACCCACCUUUCUGGGCCCAUGUUCCAUGAUCCUUUUCUCGGGAAUCUGUUUUGUGAUGCUCCCGGUCACCACCAUCUCCUUCAAUCCAAGCUGGUGGCCCUUUGGAUCGUUGCUGCCCGCGUUGGGCGCCCUUCUCUUCCUCUUCAUCGGGGGCUACGUGAUGGUCGGAGCCCUGCGCGCCUACUUCCGCUCGUUGGAAACGCUCCAGGAGAGGUUGCAGAACAUCAGCUUCGACGAUUGCCGGUGCGCCUGUUGCGAUCUAGGGCAUCGACUCGAAGGUGUGGAUCUCUUGUGUGACCGGGAGAUCGUCAAGGAAUGUGUCUCCAUCUGGUUCGGCAGCCCCGAGGCCUUCGAAGAUUGCAUCCGAUCGGAGCUUCUGGCGGCCGUGACCUGGCGCUUAAAGCAGGAUGUCUUCACCAGACACUGGAGCCUCUCAGUGACGAUUCCCGUCUUUUGGGGCUUCUUGGAUUUGGCGGCCUCCUUUGCAAUCAUCCAUGAAUAUGAAGAGGCCCUGUCAUUCAUCAUCGAAGGCUUAGUGCUUUGGCUUCUUUGUGGCCCGAUCUUACUGGACUUCAUGACCUGGUUGGCCUUCCGCUACUGCCGAAGAGCCAGCUCCAUCCGCCGAGAGAUUUGCACCAAUCUGUCUCUACUGCUCGUGGCAUCUGGCGGAUUUCUCGUGAUCCUGGUCAGCUACAUUCUCUGCCAAGGCUUCUUAAACGAAAGGAUCUGGUAUGCCACCGCCUUCUUUGGAGGCCCGUGGUGCAUCAUAGCUGUGCUUCAGUUUCUGUACAAAGUUUCACACAGAUCUCACAGAUCCAACAGUUUUUCGCUCAGAUCCAGCUGAGCUGGGCCCUGCCUGCAGCAUGCGCAGUAACUCACCAGUUCACUGCCAGCAAUGGAGCAGAGCAAUCGAGCAAUAUUCUCACAGAAAGUGUAUAAAUUGAGUCG